UCUUGACACAGUCAGCUCACAAGUGAGUUCUGUCACUCUGAGGGGGCUGUAUCGAUUUGAACCAUCCGCAUUCCACACAGGGGCUUGAGGGAACUGUGCCGAAAUUGGAAGGGGUCCCAGUUCCAUUUGUUGGCAGAAUAAAAGCGCUCCCCCAUCUGAAACACACCACGAAGUGUCUUCGUAUUUAUGGGAUAAAAUCAGCCAUCAUGUUGGGGAAGUCAGAUGGGAAGAAGAAGUGGGAGGCAGUCAGGGGACGCCUGGGCUCCUCGCAGGACUCAGAUACACAGCCGGAGGCCAACCUAGAGAGUGCUGAUCCAGAGCUGUGUAUCAGACUGCUGCAAGUUCCCACUGUGGUCAACUACUCCGGGCUAAGGCGUCGCCUGGAGGGCAGCGACCAGACGUGGAUGGUCCAGUUCCUGGAGCUGAGUGGGUUGGAUCUCCUCCUGGAGGCCCUGGACCGGCUCUCGGGCCGGGGAUGCUCUCGCAUUGCCGACGCCCUCCUGCAACUCACUUGUGUCAGCUGCGUCCGGGCAGUCAUGAACUCCUCUGCAGGGAUCCACUUUAUUAUAGACAAUGAGGGAUACAUUCGGAAGCUCUCCCAAGCUUUGGACACUUCCAACACCAUGGUGAAAAUGCAGGUGUUUGAGCUACUUGCUGCCCUCAGCGUGUUCUCUACAGACGGUCAUCGCCUGGCACUGGAUGCCCUGGACCACUACAAGGGCGUGAAGACGCAGCAGUAUCGCUUCAGUGUGAUCAUGAACGAGCUGCAGGCCACAGAUAACGUCCCUUACAUGGUCACACUCCUCAGUGUCAUCAACUCCCUCAUCUUCGGGACAGAUGACCUCAGGCAGAGGGAUAAGAUGAGAAAGCAGUUUAUCGGGCUCCAAUUACUUGAUAUUCUGCCAAAGUUAAGGUGA